AUGAGUUGUGAGGAUGAAUUGGGACUCACCAUUGUCAAAUUCAAUGAUGAGGCUACUCAAGAUUUUGUUCUGGAAACUGGCAUUGUGCAGUUUGACAAGAAACCAGUUAUUGUGCGACCUUGGACUCAAGAUCUCGACACAAUAAGGUUAGUCCGUUUUGUACCUCUUUGGAUCAGAUUGCCUAAUCUAGGUCUUCAAUAUUGGGGCCAAAAAUGCCUCAGUUCCUUGGUUAGUACUAUAGGGAAACCCAUUAUGGUGGAUAAGUUUACUAAUGAAAGAUUUAUGAUUAAAUAUGCUAGAAUUUAUGUUGAGAUGGAGAUAACAGAUGGCCCUCUGUUUGUCAUUUAUUUUGUGAAUAAGAGAGGCGAAGUUCAAGAACAGUUUGUUGAGUAUGAAUGGCUCCCCAUCAAAUGCAAAAAUUGCAAAGGAUUUGGCCAUAAUAUGGUUGAAUGCAAGAAAAAUGGCCCUAAGAGUUGGGUAAAAAAGAGUGUGACUGAAAAGGAACCUGCUGGAACCAAUGUUGUUCCUGAGAUUGCACCUACUGAUACAAUUUCAGGAGAUUUAACUGGCGAUCCUGUGGAUAUUAAGGAAGUGGAAGAGAAACAUGAUGAGGCAGGGAUAGAUGUUCGGAGGGUAGCUAAGGAAAAGGGAAAUUCACAGGAUCAUCCCUUAACACCUGAUCAGGACAACAAAGAGAAUUGGGAAAUUCCUAAGAGAGUUGGGAACUCAAAAGGGAGAGGGAAGUUAGUGAGGACUGAUAUAGACAAAAAACAGAAUGCUUUCAAGGUUCUUCAGGAACAGGGGAAAGGAGAAAAAAUUUGGAACUUAAAUGACUCAAAGCUUGAUGGACUGCUCCAAUAUACUUAG